UGUAAAAGGUACCAUUUAUAACAUAUAAAAGCAGAUAUAACAUUAUGUCAUCGGCCACAGCAUCCUCUGCUUUUGUGAGGAAAUUAGCAUCCAACGACAAGAAAACCAGAGAUGGAGCAUUAGAAUCAUUAAGAAGAUAUUUAGCAUCAAAAUCUACUAGUAAACAUAAUAAAAUAUCAUUAUUAGAUUAUGAAAAAUUAUGGAAAGGAUUAUAUUUCUCUAUGUGGUAUUGUGAUAGAGCACCAGCUCAAGAAAGACUUAGUGAAAGUCUUGGGAAAUUAUAUUCAGAAAAUAUUAAUGAUCAUAGUAAUUUUAAUCUUUUUGUUAAAGCAUUCUUUCAAAUAAUGAUUUUACAAUGGCCAAGUAUUGAUCAAUGGAGAAUUGAUAAAUAUUAUUUAUUAAUUAGAAGAGUUUUAAGACAUAAUUUUAAAUAUUUAAAAUCUCAAAAUUGGGAUAAUAAACUUAUACAAGGUUGGCUUUUAGUUUUAAAUGAAGGAAUAUUAAGUGGUGAUAAAUCAAUUCCUAUGGCAUUACCAUAUCAUUUAUGUGAUAUUUUUAUUGAAGAAUUAGAAUUAGUUAUAUUUGAAGAUUUACAAGAAGAAGAAUUAAAUAAGGAUGAUAAAGAUUAUCUUGAAAAAUAUCAAGCAUUAAUUAAAACUAAAAUUGAUAUAUGCUCUAAUAUACCAAUUAAAGAUUUAAUUUCACCAUUUGCAAGAUUAAAUAAAGAGGCUGCAUUAAAGACAUUAAGAGAAAAAUGUAAGGAAGAUGUAUUAGAUGAUGAAAGAUUAAUAACUUGGGGUGUAGUAGAAGAUGAAGAUGAUGAAGAUGAAGAUGAUGAAGAUGAAGAUGAAGACAAUGAAGAAGAAGGAAAACGAGGAGAAAAUGAUGAUGAUGAAGAAGAUGAAGAUGAAUGGAAGGGUUUUUAAGCUAACUCAUCAUAUAUAGAAUACACUAUAAUUUAGUAAUAUAGACCUUAACUUUAAUCUUGUAUAUUUGUAUAUUAAUAAAUUGCAUUAACUUGAAAAAAUGUGUGGGAUAUCAAUCGCAAUUUUUCACUAACACAAUAAACUAA